GCGGCCGACCAGAUUUGCAUCCCAGCCUGUACGCAACUAUCAUCAUGCUGCUUGGGUCGCUGCGCCGUCGCUGCCUCCACGCCGGUGUGCGCUACCCGCUCGUGCCCUACGUCGCCGACGCUGCCGCGCUGCGCCUCUCGCCGUCGACCUCGGUCGCGCUCUUUGGCGUCAACCUCGAUGCCAACUCGUCCUUCCUGCGUGGCACCGCCGAGUCGCCAGACGCGAUUCGCCACGCGUUUCUGUCGGACAGCAGCAACGGCGCAUCCGAGGCCGGCGUCGACGUCGGGCAGCUGCAGGUGUCGGCCCUUCUCGAUCUCGGCAAUGUCGCGCCAGCGUUUGACGUCAUCUCGGACGUUGCCGCCGCGGCCACACGCGCCAACCACCGGCUGCUCGUGCUCGGUGGCGACCACAGCAUUACAUUUCCAGUGAUCCGCGGCCUCCGCGCCGCGCUACUCCAAGCGGGCGAGCGCCGGCUCAACAUUCUGCACCUCGACGCCCACAGCGACAUGUACGCCGACGACGUGCUUGGCGGUGAGAACGCGCACUCGCAUGCGUCGCCCUUUGCCCGCAUCCUCGAAGGCGGUCUCUGCACGCGCUUAGUGCAAGUGGGCAUUCGCACGCAGACCGCGCAUCUCCGGGACCAAGCCACAAAGUACGGCGUCGAAGUCCACGAAAUGCACGCGAUCGCCAAGCACGGGCUGCCGGCACUGGCCUUUGACGGGCCGCUGUACAUCUCGAUUGACCUUGACGUCCUCGACCCGGCGUUCGCGCCUGGUGUGAGCCACUACGAGCCCGGCGGUCUAUCGACCCGCGACCUGCUCUCGCUCCUGCAGGACGUUCAGGCGCCGACGGUCGUUGGCGCCGACAUUGUCGAGCUCAAUGUAGCUCGAGACAUUGGCGCGGGCCAUGCGUCCGUGACGGGCCAGACGUCGCCGGGCAUGACCGCCAUGGUCGCCGCCAAGUUGAUGAAGGAGCUCCUCGCCCGUCUCUGGGCCUAAUUUGUCAGCAUUUUUUUCUGCGGUUUGUGUAUAAGAGUGGCAGCACUGCAAGCGUGUCUUUCUGGGAG